AUGCAAGAUCUUACUACUAGGUGCGUCGCCCAUUCCCUUUCCCACCCGGCGAUGUUUGCAGCGACAUUAACGCGCGGGUCCAAUCUUCCUCCAGGUUCCGGAGAAAGUGGCAAGUCGACGAUUGUCAAGCAAAUGAAAAUCAUCCAUCAAAAUGGCUAUACCGUGGAGGAACUCGCCAUGUACCGUCUGACGGUCUACAAGAAUCUGCUCGAUUGCGCCAAGUCGCUCAUAAAAGCCUACGACCAAUUCGGUCUCGUUCCCACAAGCCAGAAGGUCCGCGACUAUAUGGACUUCCUGAACGACUAUAAUCUCGAACCCGACCCCAAUGUUCCCCUGGAUCCCGUGGUAGGCGAUGCGAUCAUGUUCAUCUGGAAGGACCCGUGCACCGCCACCGUACUGGAACAUCAGAAUGAGUUCUAUCUGAUGGACUCCGCGCCAUAUUUCUUCGAUGAAGCCAAGCGGAUCGCUUCCCCGGAUUACAUCCCAAAUGUGAAUGAUGUUCUUCGUGCGCGAACGAAGACCACCGGUAUCUAUGAGAGCCGGUUUACGAUGGGCCAGCUCAGCAUACAGUAUGCCACCCCAUCCCCAUUGUUCGGGCCGAAUGAUACUUAUAGACGCCACAGCAUGUUCGAUGUGGGCGGUCAGCGCAGCGAACGGAAAAAAUGGAUCCAUUGCUUCGAAAACGUCACGUCUAUCAUAUUCUGUGUGGCAUUGAGCGAGUACGAUCAAGUGCUCCUCGAGAAUAGCAACCAGAAUCGAAUGAUGGAAAGUUUGGUCCUGUUCGACUCGGUCGUCAACUCGCGAUGGUUCAUGCGAACAAGCAUUAUCCUUUUCCUUAAUAAAGUGGAUCUGUUCCGGCAAAAGCUUCCCCGAUCACCGUUGAGCAACUAUUUCCCGGACUACUCAGGAGGAAACGAUGUGAAUCGUGCCGCCAAAUACCUCCUGUGGCGAUUUAAUCAGGUCAACAGAGCCCACCUGAAUCUUUAUCCUCACCUGACCCAGGCGACUGAUACAACAAACAUUCGCCUGGUAUUUGCUGCCGUAAAGGAAACGAUUCUACAGAAUGCCCUGAAAGAUUCUGGUAUUCUAUAG